CUAUCUUCUUCAUUCGUCAUCUCCUAAAUCAUUGAAGAAAAUUGCCCUUGGCCAUAUUAGUCACAUUUUUCACAAAUCUGUGUUCAUUUUUCUCUAUCGCCAUCGGUAGUUGAAGAGGUCGUUUUAUCCAGGAGCUAAGUUAUGGAAACUACAAAGCCAAUCUACGACAUUGUGAAGGAUGUUGUCCCUACAGUUUGGGCUUGUGUAAAGUACCAAUUAUGCUUGGGUGAUUAUGUUAGUAAAUUCAAUGAAAAGAAAGCAAGCUUGCUGGCAAGACAAGAAGUCAUCAAAGCAAGAAUACAGACAGAGGCAAAAAAUUACCCUGGAAAGAUUGAAAGCAUGGAAGUUAAAGAUUGGCUGGACAGAGGGGAUAAAAUAAUUCAAGGUGUUGAAGAUAAAGUCAAAAGGGUGGGAUGUUUCUCUCACAUUUGUGUAGCAAAGUAUCUGGAUGAAAAAACUAGAGAAGUGAAGGAAAUAUUUGAUGAAGGGGAAAAAUACACCAAGGUAGAUGCGAUUUUGGUGGUUGAUGAUCACUCAAGAAAGGGGGUUGCAAUCCCAAUCCCAGAACUAAAAGGCAGGGAUGCUACUAAAACAAAAAUCUUGAAAUAUUUGAUGGAAGACAAGAUUACAAGGAUUGGAGUUUGUGGACUUGGUGGUAUUGGUAAAACAACCAUCAUUAAGCAUGUGCACAAUGAACUAUUGAAUACAGAAACCAAAUUUAAGAAAGUUGUUUUGGUGACAGUAACAAAGCAGUUUGAUAUUAUCAAGUUACAAAAAGACAUUGCAAGCCAAUUGAAAGUUUCUCUUCCAAAUGGGAAUGCAACCAUGUGUGCAGCAGUAUUGUCAGAAAUGUUAGAAAAAAACUGUUACUUGUUAAUUUUAGAUGAUGUGUGGGAGUACAUUUCUCUUGAAGAUGUUGGAAUUCCAGAUUUGGUUGGAAGCAACAAUUGCAAGUUGGUGUUGACAACGCGUUUUCAAGAUGUUGCUCGGCACAUGAAUUGCGAGAUAGUCAAUUUGGAACCUCUUCCGAAGAAAGAAGCAUUACAACUAUUCUUGAAUAAAGUUGGAAGUGCAGUUUUAACUGCUAGUGGAGGCAUUAUAAAUACACUAGAACCAACUUUGAGACAAUUUCUGGUGCUUGACGAAUUAGAAAACCUAAAAUCCCUUUUUGAAGAAGAAGCUCUGGCUCCAUCAGCACUUUCUUUCCCUCUGAAAACUAUCUCUAUCGUGGAUUGCCCGAAAAUAAAAAAGUUGUUCUCGCCUAGGUUGCUGGUUUGGCACCUUCAGAAUCUACAAUCUAUUCUAGUGUAUGAUUGUGAAGAAUUGGAGGAAAUAAUAGCAUCCGAGGGGUCCAAAGAAGAAGACGGUAAACUACCUCUCCCCAAUCUGAAAAUGCUCGACCUGGGAAACAUGCCCAAAUUGAAAAGCAUCUGUGGCAGAACCAGAGUGUUGGUGUGUGAUUCUCUUGAGGCUUUGGAAAUUGCUAAUUGUCCAAUGCUGAAAAGAGUUCCUCUUUCACCUCCUCCUUCUCUAAAAGAAAUCAAGGUAUCUUCGAAAGAGUCAUGGGAAUCGUUGGAGUGGGAGCAUCCCAAUGCAAAGGAUAUCCUUUUGCCCUUAGUUGAAUUUGAUCGUUGGGAUUGAAGAACUUCAAACUACUCGGUGAUUCACCACAAACAAAGACACCCUACUACAUGUUGGCCAGAGCAAUGAAAUGAAGCAGGAUGAAUAAAUUGCACCAUUUUUUCCUUGAUUUGGGACUUCGUUCGUUUUUUCCUUUGUUGUGAUUUCAAAUGUCAAAUUCUAAAUGCAAUGUUUCCUGUGUGGCUUGCGUUUCAUUCUGUGUGAAUUAUGUGGUAAAAAUCGUUAUGUUUCUUUGUGUGUAAUUUUAUAGUUAUGCUUGUAAUGAAGUUUACAUUUUUUAUUGAAUGUACUGGAGUAUUUGUUUGUUUCCUUUUCUGUAAUAAUGGGAAUUAGUUCUU